GAUUGAACCCAGGACCUCACGCAGGCUAGGCAUGUACCCUACCACUGAGCUAUGCCCUCCCCCUGAUUUUGUCUGUUUUAUUCAUACGAGGAUGUCCCUGUCACUGAGAGCAUGGAGUAAACCCUCAGACACUGAAAGUUGGAGAAAUACAUGUCAUAUGUGGAAGGAAGUUAAAGGUGUGCCAGGAAGGCAUGUUAGUUUCAAAUUCGUUAAAAACAAAACAAAAAACCAACAACAGCAAAAAAAAAAAAAAAAAAAAAAAAAACCAACUCAAAGGCAGUGAUGAUUUUCAUCAACUGCAAGGCUCUGUGCAGGAAUCCUAAAGUAGAGAGAAAGCAAGACAGACGUCUCCUAGCCAGUCUUGACAGCAUCGUCAUGAAAUACAAGACAGAGGAGACCAUGCAUCAAGUCAUUUUUAUAUACCAUGAUGCUAUAGUCUUAAAACGGUGGUUGGAUUCUUUAUGGCCAAUUUCAAAUUCAGCAAACACAGUUUGCUGUUUUGUGGUUCACAAGAGGUGCCAUGAGUUCGUUACUUUUUCUUGUCCGGGUGCGGAUAAAGGACCUGACACUGAUGACCCCAGGAGCAAGCACAAGUUUAAGAUCCACACUUACGGAAGCCCCACCUUCUGUGAUCACUGCGGGUCACUGCUGUAUGGACUUAUCCAUCAGGGGAUGAAAUGCGACACCUGUGAUAUGAAUGUGCACAAGCAGUGUGUCAUCAACGUGCCCAGCCUCUGCGGGAUGGACCACACCGAGAAGAGGGGGCGGAUCUACCUGAAGGCCGUGGUCGCCGACGAGAAGCUCCACGUCACGGUACGAGACGCAAAAAAUCUAAUCCCUAUGGAUCCAAAUGGGCUUUCAGAUCCUUAUGUGAAGCUGAAACUUAUUCCUGAUCCUAAGAAUGAAAGCAAACAAAAAACCAAAACCAUCCGCUCGACGCUAAACCCCCAGUGGAAUGAAUCCUUUACAUUCAAAUUAAAACCUUCAGAUAAAGACCGACGACUGUCCGUAGAAAUCUGGGACUGGGAUCGAACAACAAGGAACGACUUCAUGGGGUCCCUCUCCUUCGGAGUUUCAGAGCUGAUGAAGAUGCCAGCCAGUGGAUGGUACAAGCUGCUUAACCAGGAGGAAGGGGAGUACUACAACGUGCCCAUUCCAGAAGGGGACGAAGAAGGAAACGUGGAGCUCAGGCAGAAAUUCGAGAAAGCCAAGCUUGGCCCUGCUGGUAACAAAGUCAUCAGUCCUUCUGAAGACAGGCGACCGCCUUCCAACAACCUUGACAGAGUGAAACUCACAGACUUCAAUUUCCUCAUGGUGCUGGGGAAGGGCAGUUUUGGGAAGGUGAUGCUGGCGGACAGGAAGGGGACAGAAGAACUGUACGCCAUCAAAAUCCUGAAGAAGGACGUGGUGAUUCAGGAUGACGACGUGGAGUGCACCAUGGUGGAGAAGCGAGUUCUGGCCCUGCUCGACAAGCCCCCAUUCCUGACGCAGUUACACUCCUGCUUCCAGACAGUGGACCGGCUGUACUUCGUCAUGGAGUAUGUCAACGGCGGGGACCUCAUGUACCACAUCCAGCAAGUGGGAAAGUUUAAGGAACCACAAGCAGUAUUCUACGCAGCAGAGAUUUCCAUCGGGCUGUUCUUUCUUCACAAGAGAGGAAUCAUUUACAGGGACCUGAAGUUAGAUAACGUCAUGCUGGACUCGGAAGGACACAUCAAGAUUGCUGAUUUUGGGAUGUGCAAGGAACACAUGAUGGAUGGGGUCACGACCAGGACCUUCUGUGGGACUCCAGAUUAUAUCGCCCCAGAGAUAAUUGCUUAUCAGCCAUAUGGGAAAUCCGUGGACUGGUGGGCCUAUGGUGUCCUGUUAUAUGAAAUGCUGGCCGGGCAGCCCCCAUUUGAUGGUGAAGACGAGGAUGAGCUGUUUCAGUCCAUCAUGGAGCACAACGUUUCGUAUCCAAAGUCCUUGUCCAAGGAGGCCGUCUCCAUCUGCAAAGGCCUGAUGACCAAACACCCCGGCAAGCGGCUGGGCUGUGGGCCGGAGGGAGAGAGAGACGUCCGGGAACACGCCUUCUUCCGGAGGAUCGACUGGGAGAAGCUAGAGAACAGGGAGAUCCAGCCGCCAUUUAAGCCCAAAGUGUGCGGCAAAGGAGCAGAAAACUUUGACAAGUUCUUCACGCGAGGGCAGCCUGUCUUAACACCACCUGAUCAGCUGGUUAUCGCUAACAUAGACCAGUCUGAUUUCGAAGGGUUCUCGUAUGUCAACCCCCAGUUUGUGCACCCCAUCCUCCAGAGCGCGGUAUGAAACGCAACCGCCGAGAGCAAAUGCCUCCCCAGCCCCCGGCCCCGGCCCCAGCAGUGGGCAAUGAUCCCCAACCCUAAAAUUUUAAGGCCACAGCUUUUUUUUUGUUCCAGAUGGAGGCCUGAAAAUUGUAGGGUUGUUAGUCCAGACGUGAUCAGCUGUUGAGAGUCUCUUUCUCUCACAACUGAAAACAUUAUCUCAGCGGAAGGUGAUCUCAUGUCCAGUGUCCAGUUUAAUCAUGUAGAGGUCACAUCUGGCUGUAGGGUAACCCUUCCUAGAAAGCAGACAGGCUCUUGCCCCCCCCCCUUUGGUACAAUUUGAUAUGUUCCCCACAUCCUCUGCUGAUACUCACCAUCCAGAUUCCCCGACCAGAGAUGCUAAAAUGAAUCCACCCCAGUCCAGGGAGCUGGAAGCAUCUCCACCCAAGACAUCUUUGGAAUGAAAAGAGUGGGGAGCCCAGAGAGUGGGCAAGGUGGGACUGGGGGGCGGGGGAGGCUUCAAAACACCCUCUGCUUCUGUUCUCUGCCUUGAUGGAAACAGUCCCUAGAAUCCGAGAGGCCGGGAUGAAUCUGAAUCCACCUGGCAAGCACUUGCGAGCUCGCUGUUCCCAGACACUGACAGCCGUAACCCAAUCACGGUCCAGCGGUUACCAGUUUUAAAAAAAAAAAGGAAAAAGAGAGGAAGAAAACCUCAGAUGGGUUUUGGGGGAAUCAGUCGUCUUGUACCCGACGUGGUUGAUAACUGUCUUGAUACUUGCAUUUCUUUUUAAGAGGCCAAAUCUUCUAAGGACUUUGCUAAAUUAGGAGCAUGUGAAAUCAUUUCAGAUCAAGGCUAAACCAGCGUGUGUGUAAUGUUCAUUUUAAUAUCUGGGAGAUUAUUCUGGACCCAGGGUGCCAUCAGCAAUCAUGCCACUACUCACGAGUGUUGUUAGCCAACCUCCCUCCCAACCCCAACCCCAACACCGAUAUUUUGCUACCUGCUUCCUAAGAAGCUGACGUGUCUACGCCCCACCCCCUUUUGUGCUUAUUUAUUUAACAGGCUGCGGUGUCGUUUACGAGAGUACGAUGUAUAGUAAGUUCAUCCAAGUGUUGACUCUAGCCUCGGUCCCUAGCAUUGAUUGCCCUCCCGUCUCCAGCCCUCCAUGUCCUCUUAGGGAUGGACAGCGGUACAGUUUUGGUCCCCCAUUUCCAGUUCACGUUGAAUGACACCCCUGGAGCUGUAGACUCAGGAAACCUGGAUGCGUUAUCACUUCGAAGAUGUUUUAUCGCUAGAAGGAUUUUAAUAUGUUUUGCAAAUGCAUCAUGCAAUGGAUUUUGCAUGUUUAUAAUAAACCUUAAUAACAAGUGGAAUCUAUAUUAUUGAUAUAAUCGUAUCAAGUAUAAAGAGAGUAUUAUACUAAUUUUAUAAGACACCACUGUGCUAUAUUUGUGAAGGCUCUUGUUUCUAAUCUGCUUUUAUGGUUAAGUUUUAGCUUCCUUCUUUGCUGCCGUGCCUCCUCCCGCCCUCCGCCCCCACUCCGUAUGUACCCUGCCUUGGCGCUGGAUCGGGUCUAUUAAUUUUUUAUUGCAGUAGAUCUCAUUUCGAAAAUGAAUGGCUACUUUACCUGAUCAAUUAGGCUUAAUCAUAUACCUAUAUAUAAAUAUUUGAUUCUAUCUGCAGACAGAAGUUUUGCUUGAGGGGAUUAUUUUUGAGAUGAGACUCCCUCUUCGCUUCUUAAGGCCGUCCUCUCUUCUGGUCCCCCGUAGCACUCUUCCUCGGGGACAGUGGGGAACGUUUGACUCCAGUGUGCCUAGUAUGUUUGUGUAGAUACCGUGUUGUCACGGCCCCUGGGCUGGACUUUGUCCUUUUUGUUUCUGCCUUUCAGCUUUGUGACUGUUGGUGAGUCAGGGCUGGAGGGACAGGCAGCUUCCCUCCCUGGUACAUGUGCGUGGACGCAGCAGAAGCACACGGUCCACCUGGCUGCCCCGGAGCGAGCCGCUGUCGGCUCCUGGCAGCCCCUGGGCACAGCCAGCCCCCGGGGGCUAUCCAUGCAUGCUCUUGGGGGGCUGCAGAUUUUCUCCCAGCUGCUGCUAGAACCCGCCUUUCCUGUCUUGCGAGGAGCAUUUCUGUAACGAAACACCAUCACAACAAGGUCCUCGGCAGCGCCAGUCACCUAGAGCAAAGCAUUCACAGUGGACACACUUAUCAGUCCUUGCAGGGGCUGCUCUGUUUCCCCUUGUUUCCCCCGAAGUAUCUCCCAGCAGAGCAUCUUCUCAUGUUUAAUCUCUGGCUCUCUGCCUGGAUUUCAGGUCGCCCACAGCCACAGAGGGGUCUUAGAGAUGAGAGGCCUCCUCUGUGCUGGAAACGCUGGAUCGGAGGCAGAGAUGGAGCAGGGAAUGGGUCAGACCAGAAAAGAGCAACUUCUUCUGCCAUGUUUUAGGGGCCGUAACCUUCAGGUCUCAAAAGGGGCCCGAGCACAUCCAGUGCUGUAGUCCUGCUGGGCCGUGCCCAUUCGGGGACACUUCCUCCCCACAUGAACCGCAUUGAGUCUGAUAGGAAAGGGUUUAGAAAGAGCCUAAGAAACAAAAGAGCCGGUCCCCCUGCCCCAGAACAGAGCCACAGCAGGACGGGUCCCCAGCCCAGCUCUGGAGGUGAGGAAGGUCCCAGAAGGGAGCUCACAAGGUCGUGAACCGUCCGUCCCCGAGCCCCGGGCUGCCUGCUUGCUUUAAGCCAGCAGCAGGCUCCGGGUUUCACUCACACAGCAGCCAGUACGCUUCCAAAUGAUUCAUCGUUCUCUCGGGAACGUGCUCAGUACCUCAGCCGGUUUUUAUCCUUCCUGCAUUUGUGGCAAAGUUUUAAAAGACGAUGCCCUGUCGGGGGUGGGGCCCAGCCCUUUGCCUGAGAGACAUCAGGCUUGAGGACAAAGUUGAAGGGAAAACAGUAAAAAUCAGGGCCAGUGAUAACGUGCUGCAGUGUGUUUGGUACAUUGCUAUGUCCUGAAUUUAGAUAAAAGCUAAUGCUUUAAAAUCAGAGCAGCUCGUGACAGUUCUGCUGAAAGAACCCAUCAUGCGAGUAACCGUUAGCAGAAUCGAUUUAUAAAACUCGGAGGCAUGGUUCCCUUCCUUGAGCGUCAUGUGAAGUAAAACAGGGAAGGAGCUGCCGUUUUAAAGAGUUGGAAUAAGAAUGAUGCCUUGAAGGGUCAAGUCACUGAGGGACUCUUAGGAAGUACCACCCACUGAGCACUGCAGGGCUGGUGGAAGUCCAGGCCCCUGGGAUAACCUAGCACAGUCUGGGUCUCCAUCAGACAUGGUGACUCUGAAAGGCCAUUCAAACUGCCCUGUGUUCGCUUCCCUUGGAGGGUGGGGCUUCCCUCUGGCUGCAGGCAGCGAGCUGGCUGCCCUCCUCUCUUGGCAUCUUGACUAAACCCACCCGGGGCUUGGUUUGAAUGAAGUAGCUGGAGUGUCCUGCCAGGUGUGGCCCUCAGAGGUUAAUGGGAGGUUCACGUGAGGCAAGAGCUAAUUCAAAAGGUUGGUAGGAGACCCCAGGAACCGGAGUGAUUGCUGUUGGUCACAUCCACUCCUCUUUUACCCCUGUGACCUGGUACAUAUUCAUGCAGAGUCACCGCCUGUCUCUUCUCCAGAGAUGUGUCAGGCUUUCUUCUUAGAGCUUUUGGUAGAAAAUUAGAGGCCAGCAAAUGGUGGUUGAGCCCCUCUCUGAGCUGCAGGCCUGAGCAGAGCGUGGUGACUUGCUGGAAGGAGGGUGCAGCCGUCCAAGGACCACCUGUUGACGUUCUGAGAAGGGAGGUUGCUGGAGGCUGAGGUCGGUAAUGAGUUUCUAGAAGAGGAGGUUUGAGUGCAGAAGGAUGCCUGCAGUAGGAGGAGGCCAGGAGGGAGCGGGCGUUUGGAAAGGAAGCUGCUGUUUCCAGUGGCUUUCCAUCGGAAGUUGUCGGUGUAGAUGAAAGGCACUGUCUGCUGGUCCUUGAGAGUGAGCUUGUUGCCAGGGACAACGUCUGUUCCUCCUUAAAAAACAUCUCCCAAAUGCCAACAGCAUCCUCACCUGCUCCCAGAAGCCCCUUUCCGCACCCUCCUUUGAAGUGGCUCUCAAUUCUCUGGGCCGUCCUGCAAGAAGGUCCCCCCCACACUUGCCCCCGUGGCUUUUUGCUGAGAAUCACAGCAGCUGAGGGUGGAUGGAAACGGAGACGUCACGAGAACAGCUUAACACCCCAGUUCCCCCCUGAGUCCACUUAGCAGGAGAAAUUUUGAGGUUUUUUUUACUAGGGUUUGUUUUCUCAGCCCUGAAGAGGAGGACAAAGUGAGAGUCUUAUGCUUUUAAAAGUCUCAGAAAGGAGACACCAUCUGACUGUCAUUUUCUCACUUUGGUCUUAAUGAAGCACCUGUCUCUCGUGUGUGCCUGUCACACAGUUCCCUGUUUCUUUAAGCCCAGCCAGGGCAGGAGUGCCGGUUCCCCCACUGAGCACACUGAACAGCCGUGGUCAGGAAACAUGAUGCUGCGGCAGGGAACCCACAGAUGAUGACUUUAAGGGUUACGGGAACAGCGAGGGCACGGCAGUUCCAGUGACGGAAAGGGGCACUCCGGUUCCACACUAAUUCGACAAGGAGUGUUGGGGAUAUUUUUUUAAACAUUUCCUUGAGCUCCUUGGGUUACAUUUUUAUGAAAUGUACCAGGCUGUAAGUAUUUCUGUCAUUUCCCGAUAAGGCUGAGGCAGCACGUCUAGGGGAUGCUAAGUGUUUCUGCUGUUGGAAGAUACGGAAAAUGGGAAAAUUGGGUUAUACGGGGACGUACGCAGCCGUCUAGAAAUGGCGUCAACCACAAUUCUGUUCACUCUGUCAAGUCGGGGUCUCUUCGGGAGGGUUAAAAGCUGAAUAAUCAGGAUCCCAGGGCCUCUGAUCUGUGUGAUCAGGUGUCAGUUAAUAACCGUGCAGGUCCAACUCGGUCAUCAAAUAGCCUUACAAUGACCCUACACUAAGGCCCACAAGUUCCAAAGACUUUUUAAACCUUAUGGAAGAAAUUAAUUUGUGAAUUCCAAUAGAACAUCUGAAUAUACUGGGCUAUUUGUACUUUUUUACAGAGAACUUUAAUAACUCGGUUCUUCUUUAAAAAUGAGUUUUUAAAAUAAAACUACUGACAAUUUCAUAAGAUUCCAACCACAUGGAGCCUGUAGGGGGACUCACCUGGAGUUAGCUAGAGCACCCCUGACCUGCACUCCCACUGCAGGAUUUUCCCGUGCCAGUAGGGUAUGAAGUCCACAUCACCGUGACUGGGAGUUCAGGUGGAACAUGUUGGCAGAAUGAUGUCCUUCGUGUUCUCAGUAGAUACAGGACAACUGUCUAAAGUCUAGAAACUUUGGGACCACAGGAAAGAUGGCUUUAUUGUCCCCCUUCCAGGUGCAGCUCCAGGACAGCAUUCCCCAGGGGCCCCUGGAACCCCCUUUCUUGCCCUGUGAGGUCUGUGACCCCCUUUUGGCUUGGGGGGGUGCUUCCUCAGCUCUGUCUCCUGUCCCCUCGGGUCCCCGGGUAUCUCAUAUUCGGUGAAAGUUCAGUGAUACCCACUGGGCAAUUCCAAAAUGCUCCAAUGUCCCCAGGAAGGAAGAGGCGGCAGGAAGUGCACCUGCCAGCAUCUGUUGCACGGUCACCCCUUAUGUGAGUAGACAGAACCCUACUUUUCAGAAAAUAGGGAUCAAGUCCACUUUAUAAGAACCCUUUUUUUCUAAAAUAAGACAAAACGGUGGCUUUGCAUUUUCUGAUUAAACAACUGUGUCUUUGUCUCCUCUGCUUAACUUUAGGGGUAUUUAUUCCUGUGAUUGUUUAUAGAUUUUUGUUGAAACUCUUCCUGGAACAAUGUGAUUCCUUUCUUGAGGGAAUUAGAUUCAAACUCGUACAUGAAGGCUGUUAUUCUUUUGAGUCUAAAAAUUCACCUCUCAUCUCUUCUCUUAGGGUUUUUCAGAAUAUCUUUCAUAGCUGGUCAGAAACAUUUAAAAUCAUUGUUUUUGCUACAUGAUUUGGGUGGGGGGAGAAGGACGCGUCAUGCUUAAAUCGUUCAUUGAAAAACAUAAGACCCCAAGUUUGUAUGGAGGAGGAAGAGGAAGAGAUGGAGGUUGAAGUUUUUCCUUCUGUGUAAGCACCUACCGACAAAACGUAGAGGCCAUUCAACUGUCAAAUAACAUUUGGUUUCUAGCAGGCGAAAUGGAUGUAUAAAUUACUGCAUUGCUUUAAUUCGUAUAACCUCUAAUCUUUGUUUGCAUGCUAUGCUUUGUUAGAUACAUUCAUUGUAGUUUGGAAGCCAGUGUGUAUGAAUAAAGAUAAUGAUCAUUC